AAAAAUUAAAAAGAAUAAAUAUAUACAUUCAGACUAUAAAAUACAUUUAAUCAAAUUAAAGAAUAUACAUAAAAAUAUAUUGUUGUGACCUUAAUAAUUAAAAAGAUUUUUUAAAACAUUUCGAUCCAUUUGCUUACAUUGGAUUGAUCACGCACACAGCCUUACUUUUUACAAUAACUACCCCCUUACCGCCUAGGCCUAGGGAUUGAUUAUCUGAUAAUUUAAAUUAUCUGCUGUCUAAACAUCUGUAUCUGUAUACUAAAUUCGAAAGAAUUACUUGACAACAGGGGAACAUAAUUGCUCCGAAGAUUGCGUCGUUUCGUUUUUGUUUUGUACAUUCGUCGUCUUCUUAUAAAGUACAAAGAAAUCAAAACAAAUAUAGAAAACAAAAAACAUACACAAAUGAUAUACAACUUUUUCUUUGUUUUGGUUUGAUUUGCUUUUGAUUUUGUAUGUGCAUAAUUUCAACCGUAUUACUAUAGUCUAAAAAGACUAAACCCAAAUAAUUGUGUCAAAAUUAUUUGUCUGCCAGUCUUUGGAACAGUGGUAAGCUAGAGGACAAAAUUAACAAUACACUAAGUGCUAGACAACAUACGAUUUUCUGUUUGUUUAUCAAUUUAUUUAAUUGCACAUACGUCAGACGCAGCCAGUACAUAAAUUGGAAGAGAAAUCAGUUACCACCCUGUAACUAACACAUUCAGCGAAAAUAUAUAUUUUUAGAACCAGAACAUUUUAUAUACUGUGUCAAAUAAUCAAUCGUUCGGUAUGUUGUCGUUCAGUGCAAUUCGCAGCAGUGGCAAUCGUGCUCAAUUGAGUACUAUUUGCAGACUAUUGACUACAUCGCAUCGAUAUCAGUCUUCAUCUUUUACAUCUCCCUCGUCGUCUAGUACAUCAGACGAAAGCGGUCGCAACGGCAGCCUCACUAACAAAGACGAUCCAACCCGGAAGACUAGAGGAGAUUCUAACAACAAUAAAAACAGUUCUAUAAUAACUGAUGCUGAGAUUAAAAAAUCUGUAUUUAUUUCGCAAUCGUAUGAUAUUUUCACCAAUUUAGCCUUGGAAGAUUGGCUUUACAGGCAUUUCGACUUUAACCGUCAUCAUGUUCUUCUGCUCUGGGCCAAUGAUCCUUGUGUUGUUAUUGGACGCCAUCAAAAUCCUUUCACCGAGGCCAAUGUAUCAAAACUUGUUGAUAAAGGAAUAACAUUGGCGCGUCGUAAUAGUGGCGGAGGUGCUGUAUACCAUGAUCGUGGUAAUUUAAACUGCACAUUCUUCACUCCACGUGAACGUUACAACCGUAAAUACAAUUUAAAUAUAUUGACUCGUGCACUUUUCCGUGAGUGGGCUAUUAAAGCCGAAAUAAAUAAACGUGAUGACAUUAUCAUCAACGAGAAAAAGAUUUCUGGAACGGCCGCUAAAUUGGGACAUCCGAACGCAUAUCAUCAUUGCACUUUACUAGUGAGUGCAAAUAAAUUACAUUUGGGAGAAGCUUUGGUGAAAGAAGAUGCAAAUUAUAUUAGCAAAGCUACAGCUUCGGUGCGUUCGCCUAUUAGAAAUCUCUGUGAUGUAAAUCGCAGUGUUAAUGUUCCACAAUUGCUGUCUGCUGUGGGCUAUGAGUUUUUGCGAACAUCUGCCACUGAGCUGGAAGAUGGUGGUAGCACUCAAACAAUGAAACAACGCGGAUUUCAGCUGAUCAAUCCGACAGAGAAGUGGUUUCCCGGUAUCGAAGAACUACGCAAGGAAUUUAGUUCAUGGGAUUGGGUGCUUGGCAAAACCCCCAAAUUUACUGUAGAAAAAGAUUUGGCACUUAAAGCUGACAAUGACAAGCAGCUUAAAAUGAAACUUGCUGUCGAAGUGGAUAAGGGUCUAAUGUCUGAAAUAACAAUUGCAAUGCCAAGUGGUGAGCGUCUACCAGUGGUUUCCCAAUUACAAAACAAACCAUACAACGAAAAAAAUCUGAAUGGAAUUAUUAAGGCUUUAAAAUUGGUGUCAACUGAUAACGUUAAACAGGCCAUUAACAGCAUGUGAGAGUUGAAUUUGAUUUAAGUUCGAAAAUAUUUUAUCACAUAUAAAUACAUCUUUAGCCGUUACAUUUUUUACGAUCUAUUGUUAUUUUUCAAAAAUGUUAGUUCUUUUUUUUUUUUUGUUAGUUAACCGUACUAAAUAUCAAAUACAAUCUUUGUAUUUUCAAAUCAUAUAUUACUCUAAUAUUCAAAAUAAAAUAUAUAUGUAAAUGUUAAA